CUCGAUGCUCCUCCCCUCUCCCCUCUCCCCUCUCCGCCGCCGCCGCCGCCGCCGCCUCGGCCGACGCCUGUAGAUCUCCUCCGCCGCCGCCUCUUCUCGCGAUCUCCGUCGCUCGCGAUCGCUUUUGAUCCCGAUCGACGCGGAAAUGGGGAACUGCUGCUCCAACGACGGUCCCGUAGGGAUCGGCGGCGGCGGCGCCGUCUCCUUCCACGACGGUGGCUUCGGCGGUGGCGCCGCCGACGCCGUCGAGCACUUCCUCAGGUCGCGCGGGGUUCCCUUCUCCCAGAUCGAGCUAUCGCUAUCUGCAGCGAACUUGCUUGAUCAAGACGUCUUUUCAAAGAGUGACCCUAUGGCCGUCAUUUUUGCAAAGAGAAGAGAUGGAACUCUUGAAGAGAUUGGUCGCUCAGAAGUAAUAUUGAAUUCACUGAAUCCUUCAUGGAUUACGAAGAUCACUGUGAAUUAUCAAUUUGAGGUUACUCAGCCAUUGGUGUUUCAGGUAUAUGAUGUUGAUUCACAGUUUCAUAAUGUGCCAGAGAAGAUGCUUAAGUUGGAGGAACAACAAUUUCUUGGAGAAGCUCAAUGUCUUCUAUCUGAGGUUGUUACUAGACCAACUGGAUUGUUGACUCUAAAUCUUGACCAUAGGGAGCAGCAAGGACCACAUCCUAAAAAGUUUGGCACAUUGACUGUUCAUGCAGAAGAGUGUGUUGGUUCAAAAACCAUGGUGGAGAUGGUUUUCCGCUGUGUGGAUUUAGAAAAUAAGGACCUCUUCUCAAAAAGCGAUCCUUUCUUACUUAUAUCGAAGAUAACGGAGAGUGGUGUAGCCAUUCCAGUUUGCAAGACAGAAGUAAGGAAAAACGACCUAAAUCCUUUAUGGAAGCCGAUGGUUAUGAAUCUCCAACAAAUUGGAAGCAAGGAAAACCCUCUAAAUAUAGAGUGCUUUAACUUCAAUAGCAAUGGCAAACAUGAUUUGAUUGGCAAAGUGGUGAAAUCGUUGGCGCAGUUGGAAAGCCUUCAUCAUAGUCAGUGUGGUGAGAAUUUGUUUUUCCCCACUGGUGUUGGGCAUGAUCAUCAUAAUAAGGUUUUGACGAGUCAGAUAUAUGUGGAGAAAUUCACUGAGAGCAAGCAGCAGACCUUCCUUGAUUAUAUUGCUGGUGGAUUUGAAAUGAAUUUCAUGGUUGCCGUAGACUUCACAGCUUCAAAUGGAAAUCCACGCCUCCCAGAUUCCUUGCAUUACAUUGAUCCCACAGGUCGGCCGAAUGCAUAUCAGAGAGCAAUAUUAGAAGUUGGAGACGUCUUGCAAUUUUAUGACUCGGAUAAACGAUUUCCUGCCUGGGGUUUUGGAGCAAGACCGAUCGACGGUCCAGUCUCUCAUUGUUUUAACUUGAAUGGAAGCACCUACCAACCUGAGGUUGAGGGGAUUCAAGGUAUAAUGUCUGCAUAUAUCAGUGCCCUCUACAAUGUGUCACUGGCGGGCCCUACCCUUUUUGGCCCAGUAAUCAACACUGCUGCAUCGAUUGCAAGCCGAUCCUUCACUAGCGGACGACAAAAGUACUUUGUACUGUUAAUAGUCACGGAUGGGGUGAUAACAGAUCUUCAAGAAACUAAAGAUGCUUUAGUCAAGGCGUCCGAUCUACCUUUGUCGAUCCUCAUUGUUGGAGUUGGUGGGGCUGAUUUCAAAGAAAUGGAGAUUCUAGACGCAGACAAAGGAGAGAGACUUGAAAGUUCAACCGGACGGGUUGCAUCACGAGAUAUAGUGCAGUUUGUUCCUUUACGGGAUGUACAGCGUAUGUACAUGCAUCCUACUUUUCGCAUCCUUUGCUCAAAGUGGUUUUUUUCAAUAUGGAGAGAUGUCGGUGGUUCAAUCACUUCUCGCUGAGUUGCCGGGACAGUUCAUGAGUUACAUGAGGACGAGAGAUGUUCAGCCGCUAAAUUGAUAUAUCUAUAUAUUUUUUCCCCUCCGUUUUUAGCUCAUCGAAAUUAUAGCAGAUGUGUCAUAUUUCCUCCAUUGUUUCAUUUUGCUUUCGGUGGCUCGCCCUUCCCUUCCUUCUAACCGUAUGUAUAUGCUAGUACUGGUCUCUACAGGUCCCCUCUAUUCUUUACCUUGUUUAGGCUGUGUCAAUUUUACCAUUUUCCUCUCCCUUUGAGAAAGCGAACAAGUACUUUUCCCUACAGAGAAAAAUUCGUCUCAGGGAAUUUGUGAAUGAAUUCCAAUUCUCGUGCUGUUGUAUCGAUCGACUUUCUUUUUUUUUUUUUUUUCUUUUUCAUGAAGGAAAUCUUAUUCUAAGCCCUUCUUUCUGUAGAAGUACGGUUUGGGCCAAUUUUUGCUGAUCUUGUGGUUUACUUUUUGCUUA